UGUUACCGCAUUUUCUUCGAGAGAGAAUAACAAGCUUACACCAAAAGUAACACCCAUAGCUUGCUUGGCUGAAUCUAGGGUUUAUUUCUCUCUUCUUCAUCCUUUCUCUCUCUCUCUCUCUUUCCAUUUUCUGUGUUGAGAAUUAUGGAGGGAGCCAGCAAUGGAGGGAUGUUGUACCACGAGGUACAAGAAUCGAAGCUUUGCGCUGUGCAUUGUGUCAACACUGUGUUGCAGGGUCCAUUCUUCUCGGAAUUCGAUUUGGCUGCUCUGGCAUCCGAUCUCGACCGGAAGGAGCGCCAGAUGAUGCUUGGUGGAUCCACAACCGGCGAUUUCCUCUCCGAGGAGUCUCACAAUGUCUCCUUGGAUGGUGAUUUCAGUAUCCAGGUCUUACAAAAGGCUUUGGAGGUAUGGGAUCUUCAAGUUAUUCCUCUCAACUCGCCAGUUGCUGAACCUGCACAGAUUGAUCCUGAACUGGAGAAUGCAUUUAUAUGUCACUUGCAAGAUCAUUGGUUUUGUAUUAGGAAAGUGAAUGGGGAGUGGUACAAUUUUGAUAGUCUAUAUGCAGCCCCACAACAUCUUUCUAAGUUUUACCUUUCAGCUUACUUGGACUCUCUAAAGGGCUUUGGUUGGAGCAUCUUUAUAGUGAGGGGUAACUUCCCCAAGGAUUUUCCCAUCUUGUCCACCGAAGCAUCUAAUGGUUAUGGUCAGUGGCUUUCCCCAGAGGAUGCUGAGAGGAUAACCAAAUCGUGCAACUCUACCCAAAACCCCCCUCCUCCACAAAGAGUAAGCUGGACAGAGCAGCAAGAUACCUUUCUUUCAACCGGAGAAGCAGAAAUGCUUAUGGACAUGGAGGAUGAAGACUUGAAGGCUGCAAUAGCUGCUAGCCUCAUGGAUUCCUCAGCAGUCAUGGCAGCAGGAGUUGGUAAUCCCCAAAAAGAACCUGCAGCUUCCUCCACCCAAGCUGCCUCCCCCGAUAAUGUACCUGUUGUUUCCCUUGAAGCAGCGGCCAAUACUGAUGUACCUGCAGUUGCCAACAAACCUGCCUCCCUCCAAAAUGAUGUAGCUGUUGUUUCCCCUGAAGCUUCCACCUCCCAGAAUGUCCAUGCUACCGUCCAAGAUGCUCAUGCAGUUUCUGCCAAAGCUGCUUCUCCCAAUAAUGAACCUACAAUCUCCCCUGAAGUUGCUAUGCAUCAAAACGAAUCUGAAAACAAAUCUACAGAUAAUGCAGACGCUGCCUUUCAUGAAAGCGAACCUGCAGAUAAUGCAGACUGCACCAUUUCUAGCCCUCGUAAGAAAAUCAGUCGUACUGAUGAGGGAACUCCCUGAGGAAGUAUUUGAUUUUUGGUUCAAGAUUGAUGAAUGAACGGGAUUGGCACAAGGCGAAAGAAGAGAAUAAUUUGCAGGAGAAUGGGAACCCGAAAUCCUUGUUGAACUCAAGGUUAGCUAGUUGAAGUUAAAUCCAUGCUUUACAGUCCUGUGCAGUGUAACUAUUUCCCCCUUACAUUUUCAAUUCAGAUUGAUUCUGUAUAACAUUAAAAAAAAAUUGCCGUCAGCUUGGCCUCUGGAUUGUCACAAA